AUGGAGAGGGGCUCGCUGUCCCGUGGCCCUAUUGUGGGGUCCUGCAGCCCCUCGGGGAUCCCACCCAAACCCUCCGGGUACCUUCCACGAACUAAUUUUAGACGUUUGUCAUUUGACCACUGCAGUUUGUCCCUGCAGCCGUUUGAGUACCCGGUGUGCACCCCCGACGGAACGGUCUUUGACAUACUGAGCAUUGUUCCUUGGAUAAAGAAAUACGGAACGAAUCCAAUCACAGGAGAGAAACUAGAUGCCAAAUCACUUAUAAAGCUGAAUUUUGCUAAAAACAGUGAAGGUAAAUACCACUGUCCGGUGCUGUUCACUGUAUUCACCAAUAACUCCCAUAUUGUGGCCAUCAAGACAACUGGAAAUGUGUUUGCCUACGAGGCAGUUGAGCAGCUGAACAUAAAACCAAAGAGCUACAAGGAUCUUUUGACAGAUGAGCCCUUCACUCGGCAGGACAUUGUGACACUGCAGGAUCCAACAAACCUGGACAAGUUCAAUGUCUCAAACUUCUUUCAUGUUAAGAACAACAUAAAAGUGAUUGAUCCAGAUGAAGAAAAAGCAAAAUUAGAUCCAUCAUACUAUUUGAAAAAUACAAAUACGGAGACCCGAGAGACUUUACUGGAGCUUUAUAAGGAGUUCAAAGGUGAUGAUAUUCUAGCAGCUACUAUGAAGGCUCCUGAAAAGAAGAAGGUGGAUAAGCUGAAUGCAGCUCACUACUCCACUGGAGCAGUAAGCGCUUCCUUCACCUCCACGGCAAUGGUGCCUGAAACUACCCACGAAGCAGCUGCUAUAGAAGAAGAUGUUGUGAGAUACAAAUACGUGAAGAAGAAGGGCUAUGUGCGACUUCACACUAAUAAAGGAGACCUCAACCUGGAGCUGCACUGCGAUAUGACACCCCGAACAUGUGAAAACUUUAUCAAGUUGUGCAAGAAGAACUAUUAUGAUGGAACAAUUUUUCACAGAUCCAUUCGUAAUUUUGUGAUCCAAGGAGGUGAUCCGACUGGAACAGGAACAGGAGGAGAAUCUUACUGGGGAAAACCUUUCAAAGACGAAUUUAAGCCCAAUUUGUCCCACACGGGGCGUGGUGUUCUCAGUAUGGCCAAUUCGGGACCCAACACAAACAAAUCACAGUUCUUCAUCACAUUCCGCUCUUGUGCAUAUCUGGACAGGAAGCAUACAGUUUUUGGAAGGGUGGUUGGUGGCUUUGAGACUCUGACUGCGAUGGAGAAUGUGGAAAGUGACCCAAAAACAGACCGCCCCAAGGAGGAAAUACGAAUUGAGACAACAACUGUCUUUGUUGAUCCGUACGAAGAGGCAGAUGCCCAGGUUGCUGCAGAAAGAGAGAAGGUCCGGCUAGAAGAAGAAGCAGCAAAAGCAAAAGCUGAGGUGGUCCCACCAAAGAAAGAGGUCCAGGCUCCUAAAACUUACCGGCAGGGGAUUGGAAAAUACAUCAACAUGGCUGCAGCGAAGCGCAGCGCGGAGGACGACGGGCCCUCGACCAGCGCGGCUGCGAAGAAGGAGAAGAAGAGCUCGGGCUUUGGGGACUUCAGCUCCUGGUAGCGGUGGGGGAGCCCAGCCCUGGAGCCCCAGAGAGGGAGCAGCCGCCCCCGCGUCCCCCGACAGCCCGAAAGACAGUCUGUCCUGGGGAGGAAAGGCACCGGCUGCCCUCCCCCUGGGGAAGAAAACUGUUGCUUUGUUAAGGCCGGUUAAUGUGGCUUUGUUUUCUAGAGGGCUGCCUUCCCCCCACAGCAUCUUCCUUGAAGGCCUUUUGUUGUUGUUUGCUGGGCAGGGAGGAGGGUCCCGGCUCCGUGGGGAUGAGCCGGAGCCUUUCUCCCGCUGGCGGCAGAGCCGGCCAUGCAGGGCUGGAGACAGAGCUGCUUUUGCAGGUAAUCAUUCCCAGAGCAGCCACGUCUGCCAAACGACAAGGCAGUGGAUGUGCUGGGGGGGCCGUGCUGCUGGAGCUCGGCCGAGGGGAGCAGAGGGCUCCAGCCACCCCUGCCCUUCCCGCUGCCUUCGCUGCUGCUCAGCAAGGACCUGCUCUGGCUCCUGCUUCUGGCUGGACUGGCUGCUCUCGGUCUCCUCAGGGCUUGCUUGCUCCAAAAUACGGGCUCUCUGGACCCGUUUUUGCCUCUGACAGAAGUGAAUCUAGAUGGGGAGCCUGGGGUGGCCACACCGGUUGUUCCUCCCAGUGGCUGCCCUUCCCCGAGCCACUGGGCAACCAGCAGGGCCAGGACGUGUCAGUUCAAACCUCCCUCAGGUCCCAGGAGUCACAGCCUGCAGCAACUGAGCAGGAAUCGAACCAACUUGGGGUUUUUCUGGUUUUUUGUUUUGUUUUUUUUUUAACCAUCCCUAAAGCCUGGUCCUCGCAGGGGAACACGUGCCGUGGUCUGCCCCAGCAUCCCCCAGUGUUGGAGAAAACCAUGUGAGGCAUCUCAGGUAUUUCCGUUGCCCACCCACAAAUUAUUAGGAAGUUUAGCAAAGGCCUUACGGGGUGAAGCUGUCUCAGCCUGUGAACGUGUGUGUUACCAUCCCUUGGCUGUAGCAGGCCAGAUCCUGACCCGUUGCUUUUCAGCUCAUCCUCGGUGUUUCCAGAUAACAGAAGUGCUCUCCCUACCUCUCUGCGUGGCUGAGGAGAUAGUUUUGUAAUCAGCUUUGUAACAAGACAUUUAUAUUGGUGGUUCUGUGUUUUAAGAGACGAUUCCAUUUCUAUGAAAUUGAUGUAAAACCUUUUGGUAAAAUGUUUUGCAUUAAAUGCUUUUAUUUUCUUUUCGA